AUGGCUUCCGUAUCUGCAAACGGCAUGCCUUCGUCCAAUGCAACGUCUGCCAAUGCGACUGGUCAAGCCUCGCCGUACGUAGGAACGUCGCCUACCGUACCGGCGACAUCGCUCAUGGUCAGCAACACCAGCGACACAGCACUCACCCUGGUCACGCUUGGUCCGCUAUCGGCGUGCGUCUCGAUCCCUCGUCUCGACAACACGGCUGCACCAGUGCUUUCCAACUCGACGGUGAUUGCGCAGCACCAACUUGACGCGUGGCUCGGCAAGCUGCCCACGACGACGCGAUGCACGACACUCGCGUGGACGCUAAGACCCGACUACUCGGAUCCACUCGAUGCGCUCGCACGCUUUCAAGACCAGAUCGACCAGCUCUUCCCCGUGCAAAACUCGACGUUCGCGGCCAAGAUGCUCGAGGCUCAGCCGGCUGGAAAUGCGAGUUUCUUUCAGCCGUCAAGCGGGGCGGGGCUGCUGCUUGCGCCCAGUAGCGGACCGAGGAUGCUGCCGACCACUUUGCCGAUCUGGAUGGGCGCGGUAAUGGCGGGCGUUGUGCUGGUGCACCUUGUAGCGCUGCUGCUGCAUAUCGGCGCCGAGAUCGCUGUCCUCUUCCCCUCGUUCGCGGCCAAAUCCAAACCUCCUUUGGCGCAGUCUCUGCCAAUGCAGAACGAGAGCACAGCGACGCUCGUCGAACCUAAAACCACGCCUGAAGACGGUAAGAUCGAUCCUCCCGGAUACACUGCUCCGUCCGUCGACCAAGGUGUAGCUGGGUCGGUGGGUGAUGGGCAGCUGCCGGUGGCACGCGCGUGUCGCAGCGCAAAGCGCGUCUUCGUACCGCUGCUGCUUCUGGCGGCACUUGGGAUGGUGGGCAUCGCCGUCGUGCUCAACUCAAAGUUCGCCCAGGGACCGGUCGGCGUUGCUUCGUCGGCGCUGGUGUCGACAGAUACAGCCAGUACGAGCGCGAGUGGUGUCUCUGUGGCCAGUAGUCUUGCUGUGGCGACGAGCAGCGUUCGACGUGCGGGGCAUGCUAGCAAUGCCACGUCGGCGGAUUCGACGGCUCUGCCAACAGGCACGCUUUCCAUGACACGACUCGUUCGUCGUCAGGCCGACUUCUUUCCUCCAGCCCCGGCCCCCUCCCGCUCGAGCUCUUCCGAAUCACUCGCGCCGACUUGGACAAGUACACCGUCGACGAGGUCAAGUCUGGUUACGCCGACACCUUCUUCGAGCGCGAUGUUCGGCUCCUUCUCAUCGCCCACGUCAAAUUUUUCUCUGUCGACACAGAGCGUUACGCCCGUAGCGACAACAGCGCCUGUUGCGAGCACAACCGAUGUGUCGAAUGAGGCGAGGUCGUUGCUGGUGCUGGAGCGGGGCAGCUCAAUGCACCGGGUGUGGUGGAUCGUGAUGCUCGACUUGGUGCUCUGGUUCAUCCAGCGUCGCCGCACCCGAUCCCAGUACGCCCUUGAUAAGGCCCACGCCACCCUCCUGCCCCGACCUCAAUAG